AUGCCAAGCCCGCCCAACCCGCCGGACGUGGACUCGGAGGAGUUCCGAAGCCGGCGCCGCAUUGCCGAAGCGUCCAGCUGGCAGCAGGUGCUGGGUGUGACUUCGACCUGUCCAGAGUCGGAGCUGAAGAAGGCCUAUCGGACACUGGCGCUGCUGCACCACCCGGACAAGGCGACCUCGGAGGCGGCGGCGACCUUCCGUGCAGUGCAGCGGGCCUAUGAGGAAGGCCUGGCGCAGCAGCGCGAGGCCAAAGCUGCCUCGCUGGCCAAGCCCAACGAGGUGGUGGAAGCCUCUGACAGCGAGAGGCAGCAGUGGCCUGUGCACCCGUGCGCCUCCAAGGCGCAUGUGAGGGCGGCGGUGGACCAAUGGGAACACGCCUACGACCUCGGGGAGGUGCCCUCGGUACCCGACGACGUGCCGGAGGUGUGUGCGGCCGAGCUGGCUUCAUGGCUGAGGGAAGGCCGCUGCGUGGCGAUGGACUGUCGCGAGCCCACGGAAGCGCACUACGAGCGCCGAGUGCCCGCGAUCCCCGCGCAGCUCUCGGCGCCCUUCGGGCAGCUCACCGGGGCGCCCGAGCGCCUGGCGCCGCAACUGGCGCGCCUCAAAGCGGCCCAGACACACGUGGUGGCCUUCUCCACACACGGCGGCACCAGCGGCAACUGCGGCAUGUGUGCCGCUCUGCUCAUCGAUGUCUUUGGCAUGGACGCCACUCGUUUCUGGCGACUGGAAGGCGGCGUGGACGAGUGGAUCGACUGGGCUGCCGCUCACCCGGACGCUGUCGCUCAGCUGCCGGCGCCCACCAUCUAG